GUACUUCAUCGGCAAUUUGGCAGUACCCCUUCUCCCUCACCUCUUACUGCAACUACUCACAAUUCCAGUCUCAGGUAUUCCCUAACCCUUUUUGGAAAUGGCAACAGCAUCAGCUGCUCUCUCUCUGGCAACAGUCACCGGUGCUGGGGCAAGCUAUGGCAGCAAAAGCGAACAGAGGAAGAACAGAGUGGUGUAUGUGAAAGGAAUGAAUUGCUACGAAGGUCUCAAAGCCCACAACAGUGUCUUCUCUCUCGGUCUGCCUGAGUGCACGGAACAGCACUUUGCUAAAGUUAUAAACUCCUUAAAAAAGGCACAUGGGAAAGGAAGAAGAGGCGGCGGUGUACUCUCCGCUCAAUGCAAUGAGGCGGGUGAGAUAUUCAAGAUCGCAGCCAUCAUGAACGGGCUUGUUCUGAUCGGGGUUGCCAUUGGGUUUGUUCUUUUGCGCAUUGAAGCUUCUUUGGAAGAAUCAGAGUAAGCCGUGUAGUAUAGAAGAUUUAAUCCAGUACUAAUGAAGAGUUCAUCAUCCUUCUUGUAAUGCUAAUAAGCUGAAUUCUUUUUGUUUAAUGAUCAUUGUCAUAGCUUAUGGAGAUUUUCAGUUUUGAAAAGGGUGCACUGUUUUUUACCGUCACACUGCUCUAGACUAUAAAAGAAGUUCUAUAGA